UAAAUUACAUACAGUUAACAUGGAGACCCAUAUCACUUCGAGUUUGGCCACAGUCUUAAACAAUUGUACAUUAGAGGAUGCUGAAGACAUGCCGCCAGAUUAUUUUACACAAAAUCAACGUUUACAUGGUGCCAUAUUAUUACACAUUUUCGCUGGAAUUUAUAGUUUUACAUUAUUAGCAGUGGUUUGUAAUGAUUUCUUCUUAGCAUCGGUGGAAUGUAUAAUAAAGAAAUUAAAUUUAUCCGAGGAUAUUGGAGCAGCCACAUUUAUGUCUGUAGCGACAUCAGCACCAGAAUUUUUUGUAAAUUUUAUCGGUGUAUUUAUAUCGAAAUCUGAUGUUGGUAUUGGAACAAUUGUUGGUUCCUCUGCGUUUAAUUUAUUAGGUGUUGGUGCGUUAGGAGGUUUAACGGCUAUUAAGCCAAUAUCGAUAGAGCGUUGGCCAGUUACACGAGACUGUGUAAUAUACGCCAUAUGCGUCAGUGCUUUGGUCGCGGUAAUAUGGGAUUAUAAAAUCUAUUGGUAUGAAGCAAUGAUAUUAGUUAUCAUGUACAUAGCAUAUUUUAUAUUCAUGUUUUCGAAUAAAUGUAUUCUUAAACGACUUAAACCACUUUUACGGAAAUUUUCAUCAAAACCAGCCGAGAAUGAAACUUCUUCUCAAGUUUCAGUGGUAAAAAUCAUCGAUCCAAAAAAGGAAUUUUUACGUACUAUUUCAACAUUAUCGUUUAACUCAAAUAAAGGUGUACCACCAAAAAUUGAAUUUAAUUUUAUGGAUUAUGGAUUAUUUCGAUAUUAUGAUCAUGAUGCCGAUGAAUCGUUGGGUUCUACAUCAACUGUUCGAAAAUUAUCAUAUUUAACUGAUGACUCGUUGUUACCUGAAGAAGAAUAUAUUGGGAUAUGUAAGCCACCAUCAAAAGGUGGUCCAUGGUUACUUGUAUGGUGGAUUUACACAUGGCCGAUAAGGUUGGUUUUAACGUGUACAUUACCUGAUUGUCGGAAGUAUCCAAAAGUAUUUCCAUUAACAUUUUUAAUGUGUAUUUUCUGGAUUGGUGUUAAUUCGUAUAUUGUCACUUGGAUGAUGUCAAUUAUUGGGACCACAUUUGAAAUUCCAAGUGUAAUUAUGGGAUUAACGUUUUUGGCAGCUGGUGGAUGUUUACCUGAAGCGAUUUCGAUUAUUAUUAUGAGUCGAAAAGGUUUCGGUGGUAUGGGUGUAUCAAAUGCGCUCGGUGCAAAUACAAUGGACAUACUAAUGUGUUUAGGUUUAAUAUGGUUUAUAAAAGCGUUACAAAAUGAAAUGAACGGUUUGGAAUAUUUCCCAAUAAAAUCAGGUGGUAUACGUUAUACAAUUAUAUGUAUAUUAAUUGGUAUAUUUAUAUUAUAUACAACAUUUUUAACAAAUGAUUUUAAAUUAUGUAAACGUGUUGGUAUUAUAUUAAUUCUAGCAUAUUUAUUAUUUAUAACAUCCGCAAUUAUAUCAAUGACAUAUUUUGCUAGUAUUGGUGAAUGUUAAUGCAAAUGAAAAGGAAAUAUUCUCAAAAAAAAAAAAAAAAAACCGUUGCCUUUAAUCGUAUUUAAUGAAUAAUUUAUUUAGUUUCUUAUAUUUAUAAAUAUUUGACCCUGCACUUGUUAGGUACGUAUAGCUGACAUGCGUAUAUCUUCUGCGCCUUCUAUUUUAAAAA